UGUCCAUUUGAGGCCCAUCCCUGUCUGUGAUCCCUCCCAGUCCUGCCCUCACCUGGAUAGCUAUAAAAGAGACUGGGACAAAUACAUGUCUGGAUUGGAAGGUCAGCUCACAAGUCAACUCAGCUCACAAAGAGGGAAAUCACACAAGGUGAGGAUGACAUCCACGGCAGACCGACUGGCCCAUCAGCAGAAGAGGGACCAAGGCAUUGGCACUAACCAGAAAGCAGUGAAGUUCUCCCAGCAGGAUUAUGAGACUCUGCGCAAGCAGUUUCUGGAGCGUGGACGCCUGUUUGAGGACAACUGCUUCCCAGCUGAGCACAAAUCCCUGGGCUACAAUGAGCUGGGACCAUACUCAGCCAAAACCAGGGGCGUUGUUUGGAAAAGGCCAACGGAGCUGUGCUCCAACCCAAAGUUCAUCGAUGAUGGAGCCACAAGGACGGACAUUUGCCAAGGAGGUCUUGGUGACUGCUGGCUUCUGGCUGCGAUAGCCUCUCUGACUCUAGACCAGCGGAUCCUGGCUCGUGUGGUGCCCCAUGGACAGAGUUUCACCGAAGGUUAUGCCGGGAUAUUUCACUUCCAGUUCUGGCAGUUUGGUGAGUGGGUGGAUGUGGUGGUCGACGACCGUUUACCCACCAGAGAUGGAAAGUUGCUGUUUGUUCACUCGGCAGAGGGCUCCGAGUUUUGGAGUGCGCUGCUGGAGAAGGCCUACGCCAAGGUGCAUGGCUGCUAUGAGGCUCUGUCAGGAGGAAACACUAUCGAAGGUUUUGAGGAUUUCACAGGAGGGAUUGCAGAAGUGUACACCUUAGACAAAGCUCCGCCUAAGCUCUUCCGAAUCAUGCAGAAGGCCCUGAAACUGGGUUCACUGCUGGGUUGCUGUAUUGAUAUCACCAGUGCCUAUGAGACAGAGGCUGUCACAGCUCUCAAACUUGUCAAGGGACAUGCAUACUCAGUCACGGGUGCAGAGGAGGUUAAUUUCCGAGGCAGGCCGGUUCAGCUGGUCCGCGUCAGGAACCCUUGGGGUCAGGUGGAGUGGACUGGGCCUUGGUGUGAUGGAUCCAGUGAAUGGAACCACGUCAGUGAAGAUGAGAAAUCAAAGCUGAAUCAUGUGGCUGAGGAUGGAGAGUUCUGGAUGUCCUACUCAGACUUCAUGAAGCAGUUCUCCAAGCUGGAGAUCUGUAACUUGACCCCGGACACGCUCCUGAGUGACGAUGUGGGCCACUGGAACAACUACCAGUUUGAAGGGAUGUGGAGGGUGGGCUCCACUGCUGGCGGCUGCCGCAAUAACACAGCCACGUUCUCGUCCAACCCUCAGUUUGUGGUGCGUCUGGAGGAUGUGGAUGAUGACCCCCUGGAUGAGGAGGAUGGGUGCACCUUUCUGGUGGGGCUGAUGCAAAAGGGUGGACGCCGGCAGAAGAGGCUUCAACGCAACCUUGAGACCAUUGGUUAUUCCAUUUAUAAGGUCCCAGAUCAGCUCAAAGGCCGCAGCAAUAUUCACCUGGGUCCAGAUGUCCUGCUGCGACAGAGAGCUGUGGCCAGGAGCCACAACUUCAUCAACACACGGGAAGUGUGCGACCGCUUCAAACUCCCUCCAGGAGAAUAUGCCAUUAUUCCCUCGACCUUUGACCCUCACAAGAACGGCAGCUUCGUUCUGAGGGUGUUCUCGGAGAAACAGGCUGCAACCAGUGCACUGGAGGAGGACAUUGAUGCUCAAAUAGAGGAGGAGGAGGUAUCUGAGAGUGAUGUGGAUCCUCAUUUCAAGGACGUCUUCAAGCAGAUUGCUGGCAAUGACAUGGAGGUAUCAGUCUUUGAACUGGUUCAAAUUUUGAACAACAUUGUCUCUCACCGGUCUGAUAUCAAGACAAACGGCUUCAGCCUUGAGACAGGUCGCCUCAUUGUCAGUCUGCUGGAUAAAGAUGAAAGUGCCAAGUUGGGACUGAUGGAAUUUCACUUGCUUUGGACCAAAAUCCAGAAAUACCUGGAGAUCUUCAAAAAUCACGACACAGACAGCUCUGGCACCAUGAGCUCCCACGAGAUGAGAGGCGCCGCCAGUGAAGCAGGUUUCCACGUCAACAGCGCUCUGCUGCAGGCCAUCGUCAGCCGUUAUGCCGAUGCUCAGUAUGCCAUAGACUUUGAUAGUUUUGUAGGCUGUCUUAUUAAACUGGAAAUGCUCUUCAAAAUGUUUAAGUCUCUGGAGAGAGCUGACGCAGGGAAGAUUGAGCUGGAUAUGCAACAGUGGCUGUGCCUGGCGCUCUAUUAACUCUGGAGACAAGACAAGCGAGGACCCUUUUGUGAUAUCUGCAAGAAGAUUAACAAUAAAUUAAUUUCAUUCACAAAAAAAAUAAAAAUAAACUACUUUUACAAAUUGAGUAAACACAAUGACAAAGACAUUUCAUAUUCAUAUGUUACAAAUGCGUAAAAAGGUCUAAUAAAAUGUACCGAUUGGUAAAUAUAUUUGUUGGACAUAUAUAUGGAGACACGUUUAAUCACAUGUAUUGUUCCAUUUUUUAUUUAUUUUUUUUGUGUUGUAGAGAAAGAUUUGUCUCAUUAGUUGGUGUUUAUUUGCUCUUUUAUCUGUUGCAAAACUUCUGUCAAAUGAUAAGAAAUAAAGAAACUUUAGCCUCUGGA